AUGAGGCGGCCUGGCCCCAGCGGCCUCCUCCCCCUCCUGUUGGUGUUGCUUCCGCUGCUCUUCGCAGCCACCGCCGCCUCUCCCUCCAGCCCCAGCCCCAGCCCCAGCCAGGCCGUCGAGGUCGCGGUGGCCACUGGCCGCCCGGUCGGACGUGCCUCUUGUCGCUGCUGCCCAGGCCGCUCGCCCGGGGGGAGGAGCCACUCCAACAGAGUUUCCUGCAGGGUCCGGAGAUGCCCAGUUGAAAAUGGCACAGACCCCCAGGGGUGCCUGACCCUGGUGGCCCCUGCACCGAGCCCCAGCCCCAGCGUGAAGAGACAGGUGUCUCUUAACUGGCAGCCACUGACGCUGCAGGAGGCUCGAGCUCUGCUGAGGCGACGGCGGCCCCGCGGCCCGGGGGGCCGGGCCCUGCUGAGAAGGAGGCCCCCAUUGCUGAGCGCCCCCGCCGGCCAGGCCCGCGUUCUGUGUCCCUUAAUCUGUCACAAUGGCGGAGUAUGCAUAAAGCCGGACCGCUGUCUCUGUCCCUCGGACUUCGCGGGCAAGUUCUGCCAGCUGCACUCCACGGGUGCCCGGCCCCCUGCCCCAGCCAUGCCAGGUCUCACCCGCUCCGUGUACACCAUGCCACUGGCCAACCAUCGAGAUGAUGAGCACGGCGUGGCGUCCAUGGUUAGCGUCCACGUGGAGCACCCGCAGGAGGCGUCAGUGGUGGUGCACCAGGUGGAACGUGUGUCCGGGCCUUGGGCGGAGCCUGACCCCGAGGCCCUGGCGCGGGCGGAGGCGGCAGCGCGGGCGGAGGUGGCGGCGCCCUACACGGUGUUGGGACAGAGCGCGCCCCGCGAGGAAGGCUACUCCGAUGGGUCGGGCUAUGGUUACUGCUUUCGGGAGCUGCGCGGAGGCGAAUGUGCGUCCCCACUGCCCGGCCUACGGACACAGGAUGUUUGCUGUGGAGGAGCUGGCUUGGCCUGGGGGGUUCAUGACUGUCAGCCUUGCUCAGAGCACCUGGGGAACUCCGACCCCAGCAGGCCCUGUCCAACAGGCUUUGAAAGGGUUAAUGGAACCUGUGAAGAUGUGGAUGAGUGUGCGACAGGGGGGCGCUGCCAACACGGGGAGUGUGCAAACACACGCGGCGGGUACACGUGCGUGUGCCCCGACGGCUUCCUGCUCGACUCAUCCCGCAGCAGCUGUAUCUCUCAGCACGUGAUCUCAGAGGCGAAGGGGCCUUGCUUCCGGGUGCUUCGCGAUGGUGGUUGUUCGCUGCCCAUCCUGCGCAAUAUCACUAAGCAGAUCUGCUGCUGUAGCCGAGUGGGCAAGGCCUGGGGCCGAGGCUGCCAGCUUUGUCCGCCCUUCGGCUCAGAGGGUUUUCGAGAGAUCUGCCCUGCUGGCCCCGGUUACCACUAUUCGGCCUCUGAUCUUCGCUACAACACCAGACCCCUGGGCCAGGAGCCACCCCGGGUAUCUAUCAGUCAGCCUCGACCCCCUCCCACCACUUCUAGGCCGCCUUCAGAGCGUCGACCUGAACCCAGGCCUGAACCCAGACCUGAGCAGAGACCAGAUCCCAGACCUGGACCUGAGCUUCCCCUGCCCAGCAUUCCUGCCUGGUCUGGUCCUGAGAUCUCCGAAUCAGGUCGCUCCGUGUGUCAGCGUAAUCCCCAGAUCUGCGGUCCUGGACGCUGCAUCCCUCGCUCCAGUGGCUACACUUGCGUGUGUGACUCAGGUUUCCGGCUCAACCCCCAGGGCACCCAUUGCAUCGACAUAGACGAAUGUCGCCGCGUACCCACGCCCUGCUCUCCUGGACGCUGCGAGAACGCCCCAGGGAGCUUCCGCUGCGUGUGCGGCCCGGGCUUCCGAGUCAGCCUGCGAGCCACCGAGUGCCUGGACGUGGACGAGUGCCACCACGUGCCCACGCCGUGUGACCGCGGGCGCUGCGAGAAUACCCCCGGCAGCUUCCUGUGCGUGUGCCCUGCUGGUUACCAAGCCGCGCCACACGGAGCCAGCUGCCAGGAUGUGGACGAGUGCACUCAAAACCCAGGCCUGUGUGGCCGUGGUGUCUGUGAGAACUUGCCUGGCUCUUUCCGCUGUGUUUGCCCGGCUGGCUUCCGGGGCUCAGAGUGUGAGGAAGAUGUGGAUGAGUGUACCCAGGAGCCACCCCCCUGUGGGCCAGGGCGCUGCGACAAUACAGCUGGCUCUUAUCACUGCGCCUGUCCUGCUGGCUUCCACUCUCAAGGGCCAGGGGCCCCCUGCCAAGACGUGGAUGAGUGUGCCAGCAGCCCUCCGCCCUGCGCCUAUGGCCGUUGUGAGAACACAGAAGGAAGCUUCCAGUGUGUCUGCCCCACGGGCUUCCAACCCAAUGCAGCUGGCUCCCAGUGUGAGGACGUCAAUGAAUGUGAGAAUCACUUGGCGUGUCCUGGACAGGAGUGUGUGAACUCGCCAGGGUCCUUCCAGUGUAGGGCCUGUCCUGUUGGUCACCAGCUACACCGUGGCCAAUGCAUCGAUGUGGACGAGUGCAGUUCUGGCGCCCCCUGCGGCCCUCACGGUCACUGCACUAACACUGAAGGAUCCUUCCACUGCAGCUGCGCUCCAGGCUACCGGGCCCCCUCUGGUCGGCGCGGGCCCUGUGCAGAUGUGAACGAGUGUUUGGAAGGAGACUUUUGUUUCCCCCACGGCGAGUGCCUUAACACUGAUGGCUCUUUUGCUUGUACCUGUGCUCCCGGAUAUAGGCCUGGACCCCGCGGAGCCUCCUGUGUGGAUGUGGACGAGUGCAGCGAAGAAGACCUUUGCCAGAGCGGCAUCUGCACCAACACUGACGGCUCUUUCGAAUGUGUCUGUCCUGCGGGCCACCGAGCCAGUCCUGACCUCGCUUCCUGCCUCGAUGUGGACGAAUGCCGGGAGAGGGGCCCAGCCCUGUGCGGGGCCCAGCGCUGCGAGAACUCCCCGGGUUCCUACCGCUGUGUCCGCGACUGCGACCCCGGCUACCACGCGGGCCUCGAGGGCACUUGCGACGAUGUGGACGAGUGUCAGGAAUAUGGCCCCACUAUCUGUGGAGCCCAGCGCUGUGAAAAUACCCCUGGCUCCUACCGCUGCACACCGGCCUGUGACCCCGGAUAUCAGCCCACACCAGGCGGUGGAUGUCAGGAUGUGGACGAGUGUCGGAACCGAUCCUUCUGCGGGGCCCACGCCAUGUGUCAGAACCUGCCGGGCUCCUUCCAGUGCCUCUGUGACCAGGGCUACGAGGGGGCGCGGGAUGGGCGCCACUGCGUGGAUGUGAAUGAGUGUGAAACACUACAAGGCGUGUGUGGUGCUGCCCUGUGUGAGAAUGUGGAAGGCUCCUUCCUCUGUGUCUGCCCCAACAGCCCUGAGGAGUUUGACCCCAUGACUGGACGCUGUGUUCUUCCACCUCGAAGUGCUGUUGGCUUGAUCUCGGGCUCACAUCCCCAGACACCCUCCAGCCCAGAUCUGCCGGCCAGGCAGUCUCCACCACAUCCUCACCGAAGGCCCAGUGCACCUCGGCAGGGUUCUGUGGGCAGCGGGCGCAGGGAGUGCUACUUUGAUACAGCGGCUCCCGAUGCCUGUGACAACAUCCUGGCGUGGAAUGUGACAUGGCAGGAAUGCUGCUGUACUGUGGGCGAAGGCUGGGGCAGUGGCUGUCGCAUCCAGCAGUGCCCAAGCACUGAGACAGCUGAGUACCAGUCGUUGUGCCCUCAUGGCCGGGGUUACCUGGCUCCCAGUGGAGACCCAAGCCUCCGGAGAGAUGUGGAUGAGUGCCAUCUUUUCCAAGAUCAAGUGUGCAAGAGCGGUGUGUGUGUGAACACGGCGCCGGGCUACUCAUGCUACUGCAGUAACGGCUACUACUACCACGCCCAGCGGCUGGAAUGUGUUGACAAUGAUGAGUGCGCUGACGAGGAGCCGGCCUGUGAGGGCGGCCGCUGUGUCAACACCGUGGGCUCUUACCACUGCACGUGCGAGCCGCCGCUCGUCCUUGACCGCUCGCGACGCCGCUGCGUCUCCAAUGAGAGUCAGAGCCUAGAGGACAAUUUGGGCGUAUGCUGGCAGGAAGUGGGGGCUGACCUCGUGUGCAGUCGCCCACGGUUGGACCGCCAGGCCACCUACACGGAGUGCUGUUGCCUCUACGGCGAGGCCUGGGGCAUGGACUGUGCUCUCUGUCCUGCCCAGGAAUCAGAUGACUUUGAGGCUCUGUGCAACGUGCUGCGCCCUCCUGCAUAUGGACCCUCGCGGCCCGGUGGCUUCGGACUCCCCUACGAGUAUGGCCCAGACCUAGGCCUGCCUUACCAGGGCCUUCCCUAUGGCCCCGAGUUGUACCCACCACCUGCGCUACCCUACGACCCCUACCCUCUUUCCCCUGGGCCCUUCGCCCGCCGCGAGGCUCCAUACGGCGCGCCACCCUUCGACAUGCCAGACUUUGAGGACGACGGUGGACCCUAUGGCGAAUCUGAGGGUCCUGCACCACCCGGCCCGAGCACUAGUUGGCGAUAUCGGCCUCGCGAUACCCGGGGCUCCUUCCGAGAGCUGGAGGAGUUGCCCGAAGGUGGAGGUUAUACAGGCGCGCUGACUGGGCCCUAUGAGGGUCUGGAGGCAGAGGAGUGCGGGAUCCUGGACGGCUGCGCGCAUGGCCGCUGUGUGCGCGUUCCCGAGGGCUUCACCUGUGACUGCUUCGAUGGCUACCGCCUGGACAUGACCCGCAUGGCCUGUGUCGACAUCAAUGAAUGUGAUGAGGCGGAGGAGGCUGCCCCGCUCUGCGUCAACGCCCGCUGCAUCAACACCGACGGCUCCUUCCGCUGCCUCUGCCGGCCAGGAUUCACACCCUCGCCCCAGCCUCACCACUGCGCCCCCGCCCGGCCCCGGGCCUGA